AUGUGCCAAGCAACUUGCACGGGCAUGUUCACGGCCGUUCUGCUCAUCCUUUCAUUUGCCUCUGCCCACGACGUUGCUGAGGAGCUCAGGAUGAAACGCCAGACGUACUCCCUCCCACACGGAUCCGAGCUGCUUCUCGAACCCCUGAGAACGAGGUUCACCUGUCGCCACGACGGCUACUUCGCAGACGUGGACAACAACUGCAGGGUUUACCACAUCUGCACUCGAUCCGCCGAGACGCGACAGCUGCAGCGAUUCAGCUUCCUGUGCGGCAACCUCACCAUGUUCAACCAGCUGACGCUGACGUGCUCGCGACCCGAGGACUCGGUGCCAUGCCGGAACGCUCCCGUCUUCUACUACGUCAACGACAACAUCGGCUACCAAGACACGCCCUUCCUGUACGACGAUGACGUCAGUAAUGCCGACCAGUUCAUCCACGAAAACAGGCUGCUAGAAUCCAUCCCGGCAGCCAAGCGGCGGUUCUAAAACC